AUCACAAUGUUCAUAAUUGUAUCUUGAUCAGUAUUUGUAGUCAAAUCAUUGCUCAGAAUUGUUGGUUAAUUUGUUCAAUCAAUUUCUGGUUAAAUUGGGUUUUGUUUUGUUGUUGAGUCUCUUACUCAAGUGUUUUGGGUUAACCUGCAUCCAACUUGAAUCAGUGUCUCUGAGUUUUCCCUCAAUCAUCUUGAUUAUUCAGUGAUCUCUUCAGUGUUUUUAGGUUUGGCAAGUGCUAAAGCUGAAACUGAUCUCAUUUUUGAUUGUUUGGUAAAAAAUUUUCUUCUCUCUCUCUCCUUUUGUCAUUCUAGUCAUCUUAAUUGUUAAAUAACAUAUUUAACAAUCAUAUCUAAUGUCAGAUAAACCAAAGGAACCAGUAAAACAACCAACGGAUAAACCUAAAAAUGGUUCCUCCAUUGAAAGAUCAUCUAGAGGUGUUCAACGUUCAAUAAGUCGAGAUUCAACGGCCAAAAGUCGAGAUCCAUCAACUUGUACUUCACCUACAAAAGAUUUGUCAAGAAAAUUGCCUCCAAUCAAAGCUCCUGUUGGCCUAGCAAAGGGACCUGAUCUGAAAAAUGUGCGAUCAAAAAUUGGAUCCCUACAAAAUGUUAAACACAGACCAUCUCAAGGUGAGAAAAAGGUAAUCACACAGAAAUUGGAAUGGCAGGCCAAACCUAGAAUUGGAUCACUCGAUUACGUCAAGCAUAAACCAGCUGGUGGUGAGGUGAAGAUAGAGAAUAAAAAAUUGGAAUGGAAAGCAAAGUCUAAAAUUGGCUCCUUAGACAAUGUCAAGCAUAAGCCAGGAGGUGGUCAGGUUAACAUAUUUGAUGAAAAAUAUGCUAGGUCUUCAACUGGAGGUCGAUCGCCAAGUGAUGGUCGCUCUAUAAGUCCAAGCUCAACAGCUAAUUCAAUUAAAUCAACUUGUAACACUCCAACUGGUGGCAGAUCUCCUUUACCAUCGUCAUCCUCGAAAGAUGGCAAAGAAAACAAACAAAGUGGAUCAAGUGAAAAACCAACAAAUGCCAAAAUCGAUAUUAAGAGUAACAGCAACGACAAUUCCAAGGAAACCAAAGCUACGGACUCAAGCCUUGAUUCAAAAUCUGGUAGCGUUAAAGCAGACGAAAAUAACAAUAAUGCUAAGCCCACUUCACGUCCAAAUAGUUUAACACCUUCUACACAGUCCGUUAAAGGUUGAUUAUUUCAGGCUUUUGCUGGUACCAAUCAUCGUCAAAUCGACGUCACAGAUACCUAUUGAAAUAAAAACAGGUCAACUUUAAUCUGGUUCAAGAGAUCUGGUUAUACCUGGAACAAAGCUAUGACUUAACUCACCUGCUGUUGGUCCGAUUAUUUUUUAUCAAGAUCUUAUUUAAUUUUAUUUUCUUUCAUUUUGUCCAUUUAUUGAUUCACACUACUAAAGUUCCAUUAAUCACAAGAUUUGUUUAAGCUUCAUGGUAAUGCCAUGUUAAUGGAUUCAAACAAGAAAACUAAAUAUCCUAUGAUUCUUAUCAUGAAAAUUUUGAUUUCAUUAUUUUAAAGGGUUCACUAAUAACGUUUUGAUUCAGGAGGAAAAAGUCAGUGCAUGAGUUAGUUGAUUUUUGUAUUUUUUUUUGGAAACCAAUUCACGAGUCUAUCGGUUAUCAAAAUUUGCUUUUCAUGUAAUCCUAAAUUUAAAAAUCAAACUUAAUGGUUAUAAAUCGGAAGAAAAUAUAACAAAAUCUAAAAUUAAAACUGAAAACUGAAAAUAUAAACACUUAAAAUGUGGCAAAAUAACGAAAAAAAGCUCAUCAAAAAUAUAAGAUUCAGCAUAAAAGAUAUAACCCUAAAAAUAUAUAUUGAUUAUGAAGGAUGAAACUUCAGUUUUUUUGAAACAAUUAAACUAAACUAAAUUAUUA